AUGUCGGUGAUAACGGCUGAUAAUUCGGGCGGCCGUGUAUUAGGUAUAGGUCCCCUUGAUUUAGAACCGGCUAUUUUGUACUACUGUGACGAUACAUAUGAACUACAAAACGCUGCCUGGGACGUAGACACGGACGUAGACGAUAAUAAAGAAUUUAUGCCAGACAUUAAAUUUUCUGGUUGUUAACCGUUAGAAUAUUUAUUCGGUUUCUGUGAGGAUUAUAAAAAAAAAUAUUACUCAAUUGUAAUCGAGAGCUAAUUUUAAACCGAGCGACUACAGAUUUUGAUGCGCUCCGUGUUGUAGGCGGAGGUGAUGGUACUAAUACUAAUUUUAAAUAUGUAAUCAUUGAACUAGGCAAGGUACAUUUGGGGAUGCCUAUCGCCAAAGUUAAUGAUAGGGAGAAAUCGAAACUUUUAAAAGUGUUGGAUUCACGAAAACCGUUAACGCGCGCGUUCAGAACGUGGGACUUGUGUGAAUAUCCGGUUCUCCCGGAAAAUACCUCACACUCUUGGACGGUUGAAUCUAGCAGUUUAUUAGAAACANCGAGAUCAGCCGUAAUCGGUUUUCGAACCGACCGGAAAAACAACCUGCGGAACCCGUCCGGACGAUUCGAUAACUGUUCGUUGAAAAACCUCAAAGUUCAUUUAAACUCAGAAGUAUACCCGUACGAAAAUUUUCGAGCAGAUUUCACCGACAGCUUAACCGCAAUACUAUAUGGAAUGUAUACCGGAUUUUCAAAAAUCAUACUACGAAAGAGAAAAUAGUAAACCAUCGCUGUCUAGAAAACAAUUCCGUAUCUACGCCCCCUUAAUUGUUGUGGACCUGAUGCGUCAAGACGACAGUGUUCAAUUGUCGACCGUUGACUUGCGUGUAGAAUUUGAAACGCAAACGAAUAUCGUAUCAAAAUCGUCAGCUUAUUGUUUAAUAUUGCGCGACCAAAUUAUAGCUUAUAAUCCAUUUAACGGAGAUGUACGAAAAUUGUAA